GCGCGGACGUCCCGGGUGGCGUCCAGCCCGGUGGCUCGUCCUGCCCGGGACCCGCUGGCAGCCCGGGGACACCCGCAGCGGCCGGGCCAGCUCCGCACGGGACGCCGACCGGGAACUUGAGACCUGCUAUAACUCUGGAGAGCUCUGUUGCUAUCAUCCAAGAUUCACCAACCAAAUGUCUAUAAGGACCGAGAAGGAAGCCUACAUGAAUAAAACAGACCUUCUAGGCCCAAGAGGGAUGUGAAGGCCCAAAAUGACCCUCCUACCUGGAGACAAUUCUGAUUACGACUACAGCGCCCUGAGCUGUGCCUCGGACGCCUCCCUCCACCCGGCCUUCUUUCCGCAGAGCCAGUCCCUCAAGGGCGUCUUUUACCGCCGGGCACAGCGGCUGCGGCCACAGGACGAGCCUCGCAAGGGCGGGCAGCCAGAGGACCGGCGGCGCCGCAUCAUCAUCAACGUGGGCGGCAUCAAGUACUCGCUGCCGUGGACCACGCUGGAGGAGUUCCCACUCACACGGCUGGGCCAGCUCAAGACCUGCACCAACUUCGACGACAUCCUCAACGUGUGCGACGACUACGACGUCACCUGCAAUGAGUUCUUCUUCGAUCGCAACCCCGGGGCCUUCGGCACCAUCCUGACCUUCCUGCGCGCUGGCAAGCUGCGGCUGCUGCGGGAGAUGUGUGCGCUGUCCUUCCAGGAGGAGUUGCUGUACUGGGGCAUCGCCGAGGACCACCUGGACGGCUGCUGCAAGCGUCGCUACCUGCAGAAAAUCGAGGAGUUUGCAGAGAUGGUGGAGCAGGAGGAGGAGGAGGAGGAAGAGGAUGGGCUGGACAGCGAGGACCCAGAGAGUGAAGGCCCGGUGGCCGGAGAGGGCCGCUUGGGCCACUGCAUGCGGACCCUUCGUGACAUGGUGGAAAGGCCACACUCGGGGCUGCCUGGCAAGGUGUUCGCCUGCCUGUCGGUGCUUUUCGUCACCAUCACAGCUGUCAACCUGUCCAUCAGCACCUUGCCUAGCCUCAGGGAAGAAGAGGAGCAGGGCCAGUGCUCCCAGAUGUGCCACAACAUCUUCAUCGUGGAGUCGGUGUGUGUGGGCUGGUUCUCCCUGGAGUUCGUCCUGCGGCUCAUCCAGGCACCCAGCAAGUUCGCCUUCCUGCGGAGCCCGCUGACGCUGAUCGACAUGGUGGCCAUCCUGCCCUACUACAUCACGCUACUGGUGGACGGCACCGCCGGGGGCCGCCGCAAGCCCGGCGCCAGCAACAGCUACCUGGACAAGGUGGGGCUGGUGCUGCGGGUACUGCGGGCGCUGCGCAUCCUGUAUGUCAUGCGCCUGGCUCGCCACUCGCUGGGGCUGCAGACGCUGGGGCUCACUGCGCGCCGAUGCACCCGCGAGUUCGGGCUCUUGCUGCUCUUCCUCUGCGUGGCCAUCGCCCUCUUCGCCCCGCUGCUCUAUGUCAUCGAGAACGAGAUGGCUGAGAGCCCCGAGUUCACCAGCAUCCCGGCCUGCUACUGGUGGGCUGUCAUCACCAUGACAACUGUGGGCUACGGGGACAUGGUACCCAGGAGCACGCCAGGCCAGGUGGUGGCGCUCAGCAGCAUCCUCAGCGGCAUCCUCCUAAUGGCCUUUCCCGUGACCUCCAUCUUCCACACCUUCUCCCGCUCCUACCUGGAGCUCAAGCAGGAGCAGGAGCGGGCCAUGUUCCGCAGGACCCAGUUCCUCAUCAAAUCUAAGUCGCAGCUGAGCAACAUGUCCCAGGACAGUGAUAUCUUGUUUGGAAGUGCCUCUUCGGAUGCCAGGGACAACAACUGAGCCCAGAGGAUGUGCUCCACCAUCACCACAGCCGCUGCCAGGACACUCCCCCAUCCCCUCUGCCCUCUGCACCUUGAAGCUGCUGCUGUCACUGCAGAAGCCUCCUGUGGCAUGUGCUGCUUCCAGGCGGUGUGGCCCCGGCCUAGCACUCACCAUAUGGAAUGGAAGUGGGUGGGUGGAUAGGAUGGGACCCAGCCACAUCUGUCACCUAGCAGAGGAGACCCGGCCCCCCUGUGUCCAGAAGUGAAGUGGGAGCUGGUCAUGAGCUGUGAGGGGUCCCCUGCUCACCCCAGCCCCCCCACAUCUGUUUCUCUCCAUAAGGAGGUGGCUUCCUCUUCCCACCAUGUAAAUAAUACGCCCAGCAAAGGUUUACUUCAUGGGUAAGUCUCGAGAAAAACAAAUACAAAUAGAAGCAAAACAUGUCUGUCUGUAGUGUGGCUCAUAUGGGAUUAAAGAAAAGGCUAGGGAAAUAA